AUGAUCAAGUCCAUCAAACAGUCGAAAAGAUUGAGUGAUCUCUCAAAUGGCCAAAACUUAUCGUUCCUGGUUCAUAGUGGGGAGCUGGACACUGGCUUACAAAUGCGCAUUCGACAAGUUCUCCGCGAUGGGUAUUAUCGAGGAUCUCGACCUCCACUCACAGCAUUACAUUUUCACGAGUCUAGUAUUGUCAGCAAACCCACGAGUACUGGCCUUCGGAUCUUCAAUCCUUUACAUCUUGAAGUAGUACGCGUUUUCCAACCAGCUACACUCCAUCAUUUAUCAGCCAUCCUGCGAGGCUUCCCAGCUGAGUUUGCAGAAAACAAUAAAACAGCUUUCAUCCAUUCUGGUAUCUAUCCACUACGUCUUCCGCAUCAACUCCAGCAGGUUCGGGACCUAUGCUAUAGUUACCAGGUCGGAGGCGAGUAUCUCGCAAGUCAUCGACUCGAUGCUCUACGAUCCACAAUUCGUCGGUUACUUCGCUCCGCAACACGCACUUCCUCGUUUGGAGAUACACUAGCCUACGCUCAAGCAAUAAGUCUUGCACAAAUCAUCCGUCUUUUAGUCUGCAAAGAUACAUCUGAAGAUCAAACAGAGAGCGAUAACGAAGACAUGUGGGCGCUCACACACCAGCUUUGGCAACAUGCGCCCGUCCAAUUGCCCAGCACCUUGAGUCCUUGGCAAGCAUGGCUAUUCUCCGAAAGUGUUCGUCGAACUAUCAUGGUUUGCAACAUACUCCUUGCGGUCUAUAGCUCGUUAAAGAGAGGCUAUGCGAUGCAUUCGCUUUGUGUUGAGGCCCUGCCGUUUGAUGUUCGGACGCACCUUUGGGAUGCUGAAACCGAAAACGAGUGGGUAGGUGGCGCGUUGAGGACUACGGGCCCGUCAUUGGUAACGUUGAGCCAGUUCACAGCUUCGCAACUAGUCGUUAUUCAUGGUUCGAAGUUCGAGGAUCUUUUGGUGCAAGCAUUUGAAAGAUGA